CCUAGAGAUCUAAGACGAUUCCACCAUAGAAUAUAGAUCUAAUUCUUUGUGAAGUCUAUGGUUCUUUUCAUUAGAGCUAGUCUAGACUUUUUAUAGAAUCUAGUGAUCUUUCCCUUUGUCGACUUUGUCUUUGUCAGCUGACAGGCUUUGUUUAGCCGGCUUUGUCAUUGCGUGUUAUGUUUCUGCUUACAGUAGUUUAAUUUGAUUCGCCCAUUACUGUUUAUUUUUUAAAAUUAUGUUGCUUUAACUCGCUUUAACAAAUUUAUAGAUCUAGACUAGGUCUAGACUCUAAGACUAAGAUGUCUAGAAAGUAUAAUUUGGACAUAUGGCAAGGAUUAGACUUACACCGGAAAUUGUGACGUAGUUACGAUUCAAGAGAUCUCUGGGAGGAAGAUAAACUAGUUUACUAGACUCUAUAGAUUCUAGUUUAGAUCUAGUCAUCUAGACUCUUAGAUCUAUAUAUCUAGUCUAAUUACUCUAAUAGAUCUAGAUCUCAUAAACAAUUUGUUAACAUUUUGUUUUUACGAUAAAUCUACGGUGUGAUGCCGAAUAUUUUAGCCAAAUGACCUAAAAAGCUAUAUUCGUCGUUAAUAUGAAUUCUUUGAGAAAAUGGUUAUAUAGACCCAAGAGAUCAGACUCAUCACUUCUUGCUCAGUUUUAUUUCGCUGAUGAAGAACUCAAUCUUGUUGCUGCCGAGCUUGAUAGUUUUGAGGGAAGGAAAGACCCAGAAAGAUGCACUGCUCUGGUGAAUCAACUGCGGGCUUGUCAGGCCAGAGUACUCAAUGUUGUAUCUCAGAUGAUGGACGAAACUGUAAAAGAUCAGCGUGCCUCUCGAGACUUUAGAGUGAAGUUUCCUGAUGAUGUAAUACAAGAAAAUUUGGCAGGACAAUUAUGGUUUGGUGCUGAGUGUUUGGCAGCUGGUUCCAGUAUUAUGAAUAGAGAAAUAGAAAGUGCGUGUAUGCGUCCUCUGGCAAGAGCACUAACUAAAAAUCUUGACAGUUUACGAAGUAUUUUAAGAGAACAGUGCCUUUGUAAUAUUCAGGAGUAUACUGAAAAAAUUAAAGAAUCUUUGAUCAUAUUUGAUAAACUAUUUGCAGAAUUUGAAUUAAGCUAUGUUAGUGCCAUGGUUUCUGUGAAAACAGCUCAUGAAUAUGACAUGAUUCAAGAAAUUACUGUUCUUUUUUCUGAAACUGUGCAAAGAGCUUUAAGAAUUGGUCUGUUAACACAUGAAAUGAUUGAUGAAUAUGAUCCAGCAUUGAUGUUUACUAUACCAAGGCUUGCAAUUGUCAGUGGAGUGUUAAUCUUCAAAGAUGGGCCUUUAAAUCCAGACAAUGAUCCUUGGAAUAUCUCUGAAAUGUUUAGGCCUUUUCAAACACUACUGCUGAAAAUAAGAGAACUUUUAAGUAUAUUAACAGAUGAGGAGCUCAAUACAUUAGAGAGAGCCUUAUGCAGUCAGCAAGAGCCAUCAUUCUUAAUUAGUUUAGAAGAAAAUAGAAAGCAAAAAAACAAAGAUGAGAGAAAAAAAGUCAGAGAGGAUAAAAAAUACCCAGGGAAAAGAAAAAGCAAAAAAGAAGACUCAGAUGAUGGAAGUAUUGAAAGUGAACUAACAGCCUUAGAGAUUGCAGAGAGGCUAGAGGCUUUGGCCUUAAAUUUUGAAGCCUCCAGGAGUGCCAAACAAGCACAGAAUUAUGAUAAACAAGAACUAGAUGCUCAGAGUAGUACUUCAUCAGCAUCAUCAACAAGUUUGAGCAAAGGGGAUGCAGAAGGAGUUAAAGAAAGUGACUCUGACCAAUCAGAUGAUGUGCAAAUGCAACAUUUCACUAACCAGCUUUAUUAUGAAGCCGGUUUGGACAAUCAUGACAUGGUUCAAAAUCCUUUAUCCAUUCAAAAUGCCAAUGCUUUUUCUUUUGUGGAUGACUUUUUAGCUCGUACUGCACAGAACAGAAGUACAAAUGAUGGUGGUCUUGAGAACUAUGCCGAAUGUACUGCAAACAGCAGAGCACAGUUUGCCAAAAGCAAAUGUGAUAGCAAUGAUUCUGGUUUACACAGUGAGCCUAUAAGUAACUCGGGUAGCAUGUUUACCAUAGCCUUUAAUGAUUCAGGUCAAACACUGGUAACUGGAAGCUCAGUAUUAGCCAAAAACGAUGAGAUAACUCAACCUUCAUCACAUCAUAUAAGCGCUGAUGUACAGAACAGCUUAAUGACCUGCAUUGAAUCUGAUGAUCACGAUGAAGGGUCAGCAUGGUGUAAAAAAGAUGGCACACAGGAAGAUAGCAACGCCAUUAAGUGCCUUACGUUAAACGAAGAUAGUUUAGUUGCUGAUAAGAAUUAUUCUUUGAGAAAUUUGGAUGAAGAUGACAUAAUGGUAUCUCCUCUUGAGGAACAUACUAUGUCUCUGGGAUGUGCAUCAACCGUGGAUGUGCAUUCUCACAGUGUAGAAGUUGAUUCUACUACAUUGGGCUAUGCAACUAAGGCCUCACAAUACUGCAAUGUCUCACAUGAUGGUUGUCAGAAAAAAUGUAUUUGUACAAGCAGGACUAAACCGGGUGGAAUUUCGGUGGGUUAUUCUGAAUCUGCUCAAGAAGAUCUGGCAGAACACAAAAAAUAUCUCAAUAUGCCACCAAGUGAAACUGUUUCAUUAUUUGUAAAUAAUUCAGAGCUCAAUGGGGCCUCAUGUAUGUCCUGCUGUAAUUUAGGUGAUUCUAUCUGUGAUACAAAUGUGCCUGAUAAAACAAACUCAGUUCAACCUUGUAUGAUUGAUGUUGUCAACAUUCAAGAUCAUCCUCAUGUCACUGGAGCUGAAAGAUUUCAUCCUGACACAGAACUUUCCUUGCACAUGACUUGUCAAGGAGAGAAAGAAAAAAAUAACAAUGAUAAAAGCAAAACAGGUUACAUACUAUCAGCAGCUUCACAAAAUGAUCUCAGUGACUCAAGCCAUGCUCAAAUGACUUCAUCUAAGACUGAUCUUUCAGAAGAACAGACAAUAUUGAAUCACCUUUCAUCUCACUCAGUUGAAGAUAAUAAACUUACCUCCACAAUUACUAACCACACAUCCACCAUUGCAGGUCUUGAAGUUUCAGUAGAGCUCAAUAAUCAAACAUGCAGUGUUAAUGGGACAUCAACUAUACAAUCCCUCAACACAUCUGUAUGUUGUUUAUCUGAUCAUUCUCAGGGAAAUAUUCAACAGACGCCAGUUACACCAGAGCCUGUGCAUAUGUCAUCUACCUUUCCUUCUUCCAGCUCUACAUGUGUCUCAAAGACAAAGACUGAACAGAAACAAAAUCACAAAAGCAAAAAAAAUGAAAGUCAAAAUCAUAGAUCUGGAAGUGAGUCUCAUAAAAGCAAAAGCAAGAUAUCAUCUCAUUCCACUCAUAGUAAAUCUCUUGUGGAUUCUCAUUUACUGGAUUCAGAAUAUUGUAAUAGCAGUGAAACAAGUUCCUACACAUCUGAUUGUGGAGACCAAGAAGAAAUAGCACUUGCUAUUAAAGCAGCAGAAAGUGCUACUCGCCAACAAGUCAGAGCUCGUUUCAGAAGUAGUAGUGACAUGAUACAUAGACUAUUUGUAUGCAUUUCAGGUGUUGCUGAUCAAUUACAAACAAAUUUUGCUGGAGACUUGAGAAAUAUUCUUAGGUCAGUAUUUGAUAUGAACUGCUCAGAGCCUGUAGACAUAGCUGAAGGGGAUAAAAGUAAAGAUACCACUCCUUUGGGAGCAGCCUACAGAGCCAUGUCACAUGCUUCACGAAAUUCUAGAAGGCCACGAAACUCAUCACAUCAAAAGCAGAAACCACCUGUUUGGAUUCCUGAUGAGCAGUGCAAUGAAUGUAUGUCUUGUCAAGUGCCUUUUACAUUUGUUCGUAGAAGACAUCACUGUCGCAACUGUGGAAAGAUAUUUUGCAAUAGAUGCUCAUCUAACUUUGUGCCUUUGCCUCAUAUUGGUCAAGAGCAGGCUGUAAGAGUUUGUAAUAGAUGCUUCAUGUUUCGUGUCACCCCAUUUACAGUUAGGCCAGCUCAACAUGGAAGUUAAAUAUCUUGUGAAUGAUAAUUACUGCCAGAUAUUUUACCUUUUUAUUUUUUUUUUUACUUACCCAACGGAGUUUUAAAAGUUUAAAAAUGACAACAAAAAUGUUUUUUAUAAGCUGAGAAUAAAUUUAGUGUAAGAAUGAAUUGUCACUAUUUAAAAUCCAUUGGGUCAAAUUGUUGUUAUCAUGCUAUGUCUUUCAUUAUUGUUCUUUUAGCUGUUAUUUACUAAUCAAAUACAUUUUUAUCCCUACAUUUUAUGUAUUCGUGCUCAUUUAAAAAUUUUAGCUACAAUACAUUUUUUUUAACUUUUUAUUUUUUUACUUUUAAAGUUUUUUUUAGACUUUUAUUCAAGGAAUAUAUUUAAUCCUAAAUAGCUUAAAUGCAGUGAUUUUUUUAAUAUUAAUUGCUAAGGUCUCAGUAAUUUCAUCAGAAUAAAAUUGUUAAGGGCAGAAUAAGCUAUAACAAAUGUUUUUCUUUACAAAAAUGUGCCAUACAAUUAAGUAUUCAGUUAUGAGGGGGUGUAGGAAUCGAUCAUUCUUCUAUUCAGGUUUUUUGCUAUUACAAGUGACUUAUCUAUUUAAGAGGUUCUUUUUACUUUCAAUGGUCAAGUCCUUGCAGAAGAAACUUAAUGCUAUCAAUAGCUUAAUGUAACAAAAAUUAUUAGUAACCUAGGUCUUUGAACAUUACUUGAAAGUUUUGCUUGAUCAACAAACAUUGUAUUAUGUGAACAAGCAAAGAUUUUAUUUCAAAGAUUUUUUUUUUCUUUUAACAAAAUAUAAUUUAAAUAAACCUAAAAAAAAAAAAUAGAAUGUAGAUAAGCUUGAAUAAAAUUGUACCUCCUCCAAGAAAGAUCCACUAGUUUUAUUAUUAUUUCUUUUUAUUUAGACUUUUGAGUACUUUUAUCCAAUGAUUUAUGAUUUUAAUCAUUCCAGUUUAAAUCUCUUAUUGACAAAUGUGUGUGUGUGCAUUUAAGCAUGGCAUGUAUUAAUAAACAAUUUUGUUUUGCAGAUAAAAUUAUACAAAGACUAAUAUAAUUGUUUAAUUUAUUGUAAAAUAAAAUACUUGUUUGCUUUUGGAGUGAUUUUCUUAGAGUUUAUUAAUUAAUUAAUUUAUUUUCAUAGAUCAAAUUAAUUAAUUUUUUUUUCAUAGAUGAAAUGUUUAUUGGCUUCUGAAAUUAGGUGUAGGCAUCUAAACAAAAGUAGUCUAAUCAAAUGUACUCAUUUUUUAUUUGUUUGAUAAAUACAUAAGUGAUUCGAAAGUGAUUUUUAAUUUCACAUUAUUAUUUCAUUGUAAAUUGUUUAUAUAGUUGAUUGAAUAUGAUAAAUUGGAAUCGUAAACAAUACUAAUGACACAAUUAAAAGUAAAUGUUCAUUAAAAAGUAUCGUGAUGCUUUUUCUGUUAAAGAAGAUAAUUACGUUUAAUGAUUUCAAUCCAAUUUAGCCUGGCUGUUCUAAUGAUGUAGGUCAUGGGAUACAAAAUUGAUCUGGAAUUUGACACAUAUUGGGUUUAAAAAAAAAUAAAUGAAUAGAUGUAUACGUCUUCUGCUUUUCACAUUCAUAGGAAAGUCAAAGCAUCUGAUUCUUCUAAUUGAAACUAAACAAAAGCAAUAACUAAUUUUAGUAGUCAAUAUUGUCAGAUUCCAUCUUAUUCCCAUUUACAGUAAACUAUAUUUAGCUAGAAAAUUAAGUUUUCUUAACAAUACAAAAAUUGAAAUUAAAUGUAAAAAAAAAGUAAACAUUUUGGUUACUUUUUAGGGCAAUGGGUCUAAAAUAGAGCCUGUUUAUUAGAUUUUAGAAUCCCUAGAAAUCUUGCAAAUAAAUUGAUAAGUAAUAUUGCCUUAUUGGUUAAUUUUACAUUUAGAUCUCAGAAUUUAAAGACAUCUAAGAGCAAUCAUAGAAUUAGUAGGUAAAUGAUCUAUGCAAAAAAGUAGGCUUAACCUUUUGAUUACAGUAUAAUAAAACUUAAGUGUCAGCUUAUUUACUUUCCAAAGUAUUUAAAGCCCAUAGUUCAAGGCAAAGAAGUUACAUAAGGUCAGUCAAUGAUGGUGGAUACUUUCCAGUGAUAACUUUUUAUUUCUAUUGAUAUAUGCAAAUCUUUGUAGAAGGUUAGCAAUUUUGUGCUGAUGUGAAAAGACUAUAUUUGAUUUGAAAAUAAUUACAUGUAUUAAAGAUUGUUGUAAAUAAACUAAAACAUGAUU